ACUAAACCACUAGUACCGAACAUGAACAUCAUCGUUAUUCAUCAAAAAUAAAAACAACCGAUAUCCGGUUUUCCUUUCUCACAAAUUCUGGUGUUACCUGCUCGAUCUCCUUUCUCCAACCUUCAUUUUGUACGACUCUCUGAUUCUUAAUAAUAAGUUACCGCGAUGGAAGAACUCCCAGACGAUGUUUUAAGCCGCAUACUAAUAUGGCUACCGGCCAAACUGCUUGCUCAAUCAAGGUGUGUUUGUCGACACUGGAAUGCACUUUUAUAUCAACCCUCUUUCAUUUAUUCCCAUCUUAAACAACAAUGCUCAUUAAUCCACAAUAACAAUGGUAACAUUCUUUUGCUCUUUGACAAUCUAUUACGUAGACACAGACCAUGCACCGUACACUCUACUUUUCCUCAUAUUGAACUCACAAAUUUCAUUAAGUUUCCAGUUAAUUUCCCAUCUAAGGAUCGCUUCUUUUCUUCGGUAAUCGGUUCGGCUAAUGGCUUAAUAUACUUUUUUCGUGAAACGGGACCAACUAAUAUCAAUCCCAUGUAUACCAUUUAUAUAUGGAACCCAUCUCUAUCCGCUCUGAUGACUCUCCCACCAUUUACUUUGCCACUUGGCACAGCAAUCUUUUAUCGGUUUUGGUUUGACCCUAAAACCGAUGAUUACAUGAUGGUUAAGCUGACGUGCUCCCCCGAUGAAACCUACACCACCGUCUUUCCAGAAGUAGUUGAGGUGUAUAGCAUGAGAAGAGGUUCAUGGCAAUUAACUGCUGAAAGGUUUCCAUCUCAACUUUUUAUACCCAAGCAUCUUGGAGACCAAGCUCUUUUAGAUGGUCAUCAUGGAAAGGUUCAUUGGCUUGGUUAUGUUCCUCCGAGCAGGUUAAACAUGAUAUUGGCAUUUGAUUUGGGGGUCCAGACUUUUAGUGAGAUCUCUCUUCCAGAUUCUGUAUGUUAUUUUGAUGAAAAUCGCAAUCUGGCUCUUGCUUUUAUAGAUGGAAAGCUUUGUGUGAUGACAAGCGUUCGAGGCAGUGACCAGUGUGAGGUUUGGGUUAUGGAUGAGUACUACGCAUGGGUCAAACGCCACAUGUUUUCACAAUUAAGUUUAGAUAAUGAUAUAACCCCAGUUGGAUUAACUUUGAACGGUGAGUUUCUUUUUAGGACUGAUUGACAUUUACGCUUGUACGAUCCGGUCACAACCAAGGUUAAGUACUUUGAAUCACAUAUUGCUUCAUAUGGCCGCAGUACUGACAUUGUUCAUUAUGUCGAUAGUCUUGUCUGGAAAGCGUCUACUGCGAAAGUUAAAAAAGCGGGGAGGCACUAGGAAUAAGUUCCAUUGCCCUAAAGUUAAUAUUGAGUUUUGGUCGAUGGUGCCACAAGAUGUGCCGUCGACUCGGCCGUUAGUUGUUAAGGCAAAGAUGACUUCGAAAACUAUUGAUCGAAUAUGGAAUUUUCUAUCACGAAGAAAACUUGGCUAAGGAAGCCACUGUCAGGAACCAGGUUAAAUCCUUAUUUUUCAUAUGAAUAGAAAAUUAGCUGAUGGUGCGGUUGUCUUCAAUGCUUAGGUUUAAUUUUUUUGGUUUAUGAUUAUUUUUACAGUUUGUAUCCGAGUACUACUAUGUUUUAUAGAAUUUUAACUCGGCAUUAUAACGAAGUUUUGUUUUAAAAAAAUUAUAUUUGUGCUCGAUCUAUGGUUGUGGGAUUUUCUUUGUUUUCAUUGUUUUGGAUUAUUAAAAGCUGAUUCUAUUUUAUAUUUUUAGUUUUUACACAUGGAUGGUUCAUAUCUGUGACGGUUCAACAGUAGUCGUGAAAUAAGCUUUGAGGAAAAAAAGAAAGAAGCAGGGUCAUGUGAGUGUUGGACACGGACGUAUCGGAAAGCAUCGAAAGCAUCCUGGAGGUCGUGGUGAAUGGUGAUGCCGGAGGUAUGCACCACCGCAGGAUCUUAAUCGACAAGUACCAUCCAGGUUACUUCGGUAAAGCUGGUAUAAGGUAUUUCGAUAUGCUAAGGAAUAAGUUCCAUUCGCCACUUGUCAGUGUUGAUAAGCUAAGGAAUGAGUUCCAUUGCCCUAGAGUUAAUAUUAAGAUUUGGUCGAUGGUGCCACAAGUUUUUCUGUUACUUGACUUUUGGUUGUUAAGGCAAAGUUGAAUUCGAAAACCACUGGGUAGAAAUUUAGCUGAUGGUGCAGUUGUCUUCAUUGCCUUUGACUUUAUUCUCUGGUUUAUGUUUAUUUUUACUGUUUGUUGGCACAAUAGUAUUAUGUUUUAUAGAAUUUGAAAUUGCAUUAUAUAAUUUUUUUUGAAAAA